AUGAAAUGUGAAGGCGUCGAUCCCGAAAGCUCCGUUCUUGACUUGAAAUCAUGUUGUUUGGAGGGUGGCUUGAAGGGAGAUCACACCAAGACCAGUACAAUUAACUACGAACCCAGCAGCAACACAACUCAAUCUCAGCCAUCCCAAUCUCUCUCCGCAUCUUCGACCCUCAAUCCUCUCUCCCUUGACACAGCUUCUGUCGACGCAGCCGCUGCAAACCUCCUUAAUCUUAUGCAGUGGGUCACGAAUGCCAAUGCGACUUUCGCAGCCGCUGUUGCAGCCAAUAAUCGGCAGGGCCACAACGCUCCAUCAACUGUUGAUAUCAGGUCAAUUUCCAAAUCGACACCAUCAAGUGUAGCAGUGGACGAGGCUUCAGCUGUCGCACUGGACGCUGCGGAGACGGCAGCACUUUUGGACCCGAUUGCAGCAUCUGGGGGUGCUCCCGCACCGGUCCUCUAUCCGAAUUCAAUAUCUGGGGGUGCAGGGGGAGUCAACAACGGUGGUAGCGGCAGUGGCGGACAAUCAGCGGGAGGGUUUGGAGGUGGGGGUGCAUUUGGAAGAGGGGGCUCACAACAACAACCUGGUGCCUCUUCGUCCUCCUCUUCUAUAGGAGGUUGGGGAGGUGGUCAACCCCCUCCAAUGCUUCCUCCCAACGCUCCUGGUUCGAGUCUCCAGCCCUCACAACUGACAACCCAGAGGCCCCCUGAGUAUUGGUGCAACAUUGCUUACUUUGAGUUGGACCAACAGGUUGGCGAGCUCUUCAAGGUUCCAUCUCACUACACUCGUGUCAUUGUGGACGGCUAUACAGAUCCCUCGAGUCGCAAUCGAUUCUGCCUUGGUCAACUCUCCAACGUCCACCGAUCAGAGCAGUCAGAAAAAUCUCGUCUCUACAUUGGCAAAGGUGUUGAAUUGGACAUAGUGGGUGAAGGCGAUGUUUGGAUCCGAUGUCUCUCCGAAUUCUCCAUCUUUGUACAGAGCUACUAUUUGGAUCGUGAAGCCGGUCGAGCACCAGGGGAUGCUGUCCACAAAAUCUAUCCUGGUGCCUACAUAAAGGAAGGGAAGUUGGUGAAGAUGGGCACAGAGUCGGGGAAUCAGAAGACCCCUGCUUUUUCAGUAUCCGGGGUUUGGGGUGAUCGAUUCAUCAAGGAGUCGGUGACACCAAGGGUCCACACGAACGCCAUUUGGCCUAUUCAUCUUGUUUUUCAUCCUAAAGAUAUUGUCUUUAAUGAUUUCGCGUUUGGAGAUAUAGAGGGACCUUUUGUAGAAAUGUUAUGA